AUGGCUAUAAAAGAUACACUUGCUUCGCCAAAGUUCCAGCUAAUGGCUUCUUUGAUAUUUUUCAUCGCUGGGGUGACUGCACUGGUUAUCACAAUAAUUGCGAUAUCAAGUGAUAAGAAGUCUGAGCAGCCGCCACCAAUUUUGCCGAGCCAUACGGAAGCUCUGAAGGCUCCAGCUCCAGUCACAACUUCAAGGCCUCCGAAUCUUACAACUUCAACUCUUCCGAACUCUAGCUCAAGACCCCCAUCAAUCCCGAUUUGUGACACCCCGGAAUGUGUGACACUUGCUCAUCAACUGCUCAACUACCGUGACAUAUCCGUUGAUCCCUGUGAAAAUUUCGAAAAAUCUGCUUGCGGAAAGUUCCGAGAAAACAGCCUUAAUAGCAACGUUCAUCGUUCCAAAAUUUUUAUUCCAAGGAUGAUUAAGAAGUUCCUGAGGAAAAACGAGACUUCCACGUCGAAAUCGGAGAAUACUUUGCGGCUUUUGUAUCGGAAGUGUGAGCAGUAUGCUACUGUGGUGAGUGUUAGGGUCGGGGACAACGAUGAUCAUGAAGAAGCCUACCAACUAAUUUUCAACAAAAUCCAGUCAAUUGGUUCCUGCCCACUUCUGAACGGCACAUGGGAUGCAUCAAAGUUCAAUUUGAAUGGUAUCAAGGCUCUUAUUAUUUUUUUUUACAACAUAAUUACAGAUAUGCUCUUGAAAAUCGCUGAAAUUGGAUUCACGAAUUUCGGCUUUUUUGAGAUCUCUCAAAUGAGAAAGCCUCUGCUCACAACGGAUAGUAUUGAAAAGAUGCUCUUUAGCCUUUCCGAUGCCAAUUAUCAUGAUCUGGACGACGACCUGGUUUCGGACUAUGCAAAGGAAGUCGAGAAAUUGGACGUGGAGCUCAAGAAAACUAUAUUCAAAGACAAUCCAGUAGACGAAAAUCAGCCAAAAACUCUGGACACUUUGAAAACAUUUGUACCAAGUAUUGACUUCGAGCGGCUUAUAAAAUCAUUCAUAAACCCGAAAAAUUCGAAAAAGGAGCAAAUGCUAAAGAGCUCACCAACAGAACGGUUCCAUUUGAAUAUUCUAUUUUUUUCGGUGAAAAGAGAAAUAAAUUUUCAGCUGGAAACUAUCAUUAAAAAAACUCCUCCGAAUGUAUUGGCAAACUAUUUGGUUUUGAAGUUUCUGACAGAAUCUGUAGAAGAAUUUAUCAAGAAAAAUUCAACGGCGCUGUGUGAAGAGAUUGUUAUGGAAAAGUUGGACUAUGCGGCGUUUCGUGUCUACUACCAAAAUUAUUUCGAUAAGGAGAAUCUUCAAAUCGUGUCUGAUAUGAUAGAUGACACCAAGAAAAAUUUCAUAGAAAUGAUUCAAGAAUCCACGUGGCUCCACGAGUCCACCAAGAAGUCUGCAAUUCGGAAAGUGGAAGCGAUGAAGAAAAUUGUCGGAUACCCGCAGGAAUUUACACCUCCCGGAACUUUGGAUAAGCUUUUUGAAAAUAUAGAUACAUCUCCAGCCGACUCUUUCAUCACUUUGCUCCAAAAAAUCAAGAGAUUCAAUUUGGAGCUCAGGAUGGCAUACGUGUCCGGAGAAUCAGAGUUGAAUUUAAAACGCGCGUUGCUUCAGGUCAAUGCGAUGUACGUUCCGCAUGAGAAUUUGAUGCAAAUGUUUGCCCCGUAUAUGUCCACGCCUCAUUUUGACUCCACCUACCCAGACUAUGCAAAACUGGCGACCAUUGGGAUGGUUAUCGGGCAUGAAAUGGGCCACGGUUUUGACACACGUGGGGGCGAAUACGAUGAAAAUGGAAUGAGAAACAAUUGGUGGACUGAUGAGAAUAAAAAGUUGUACAAGAAGAAAGUUGGGUGCCUUGUGGAGCAGUACAAUGCAUAUGAUGAUCCGGAGCUUGGGAAAAAUCUGACUGGCUCAAAAGUCAAACACGAACUUAUAGCGGAUGGCUUCGGCGCAGAGGUCGCCUGGAAGGCUUACAAGAAGCUUGAUCUUUCGAAACAGCCAAGACUGAUUGGUUUUCAAGAUUUCAAUGUUGAUAAGCUCUUUUUCUACAUUCGCGCACUGAAAUUUUUUGGGAACGAGAUCCCCGAAAAGCAAAAACCGCGGAGAUUGGAGAAGGCAACUCAUCCCACUCAUAGUUUCCGUAUCAAUGGAGUUGUUUCCAAUUGGAAACCGUUUGCGGAGACUUUCAAUUGUCCAGUCGGAUCACCAAUGAACCCGGAGAAGAAGUGUGAACUUUUUUGA